CCAUGAGCCUCAGAUCUCAGCUUCCUGAAUAGCUAGGAUUACAGGCGUGAGCCAUUGGUGCCCAGCUACCUCCACGGUUUUUAUCAGCUUAUAAACCUCAGGCACAGUUCUUCCCCAAACUUAAUGUAUGUGUGCGCUGGAUUCUCCCAAUAUGGUCUUUCUGCUUCCGUAGGUACUUGCAGGCCCCUGAGAGAGCAGUGAAUAUAGCCAGCUUUUGCCUAACCCUAGUCCUGGCCCUAACCCAGCCCUAAUUUCCUUGGUUUGUGCCAUACUGAGAAAGGCCUUCCUCUUUCAAAGUUAACUCUCAGCUUGCAUCAUAUUCUGGGCUUGGCUAUGGAUUUCUGCAGACUAGGCAGGGAGAUGCUAUUUCCUGAGUUGUGGCAUAUGUUCCUAGCAGCACUGGGCCUGUCUGUCCCAGAAGGGAGCUUCUGAAAAGGGAGCAUUUCUGGACAUUUUGGGAACCAGAAAGAGUUUUCUGCAUCCUGCCUUCCCGGACAGGUGCUGGUGGCAGAGCCAGCGUUACCUCCCGAGUGACAAGGUAAGUCCCUGGCCUGAGCCUGUGUUCCUAUCUGUAUGAAAGGGGUAAGAUUGGACUGGGUAGCCAUCACAUUAGUUAGAGCCAGGUGGGGGAGAUUAUCACUUGGUAACAGCCAAGAGUACUGACAGCUCGAGCCUGUGCUGCAGGCAGCUUCGGCAAGUUAACCAAUGGGACAGAUGGACAGGACAGCGCUGGGAAGCCCACUGAAGGUUUGGCUUUUUACAGAGCAGCUAUGAAGUUGACAGAUAAAGUCUCUCAAAGGUGUGGUAGCUGACCUUUCCUCAUCUCUCCCCAGAUCCUGCGUGUGCAGCAUGACAGUGAGACAGAUCCGGAUAGCAGACCCCACUUCUUUGUGGGUCCUGCUUCUGUGUGCCCACACCAUCACUCCCCCGGCCCGAACCGCCUCAACCCCUGAGACCACCACAGCUGCCUCGGCCUCAGCUGGGACCACCAAGAAAGCCUGCCUCACCUGGCCCCCAGUGCUCCCGCCAACUAAGCGGUGUCCAGCAUUGGAGGUGACCUGGCCAGAGACGGAAGUGCCACUGAAUGGAUCGCUGACCUUGUCCUGUACUGCCUGCAGCCGCUUUCCCCACUUCAGCAUCCUCUACUGGCUGGGCAAUGGUUCCUUUAUUGAGUACCUCCCGGGCCAGAUGAGAGAGGGCAGCACCAGCUACGAGCACAGGCGCACAAGCACUCAGCUUCAGAGGGACUUGGUGCUGGAGGAGCUGAGUCCCACCCUGCAAAGCACCAACUUCUCUUGUGUCUUUGCGGACCCUGGACAGGUCGCCCAGCGCUAUGUCAUCCUGGCUCAGCUCUGGGCCAAGCCGAGGACAGUGCCAGCCCCAUCACAAGGAGCUUUGCCCUCCAGCCAUAGCCCUGGGCUCCAGCUGCCCACAUCAGCAGGGCCCAGAAUCAGCACAGGGUCAACAACAGCACAGCCUUGAGCAGAGCCUGGGGCUCCUCGCUUGGAGGGUGAAGCCUCCACCUCCACUUAGCCCAUCCACUUUUCUAAUGCCCUACUCAGGACACUGCUUUCCUGCUAAGGAACCUCCAAGACCUGCCCACGCCCUGGCCCAGCACCCAAGGGCCUUGACAGCCCCCUGCUGUACCUUUGCUCAUUGUUCCCUUGUCACCAUCGUAGCAUGUGAACCCUGAAGCCUGAUGGAAAUGCCUCUUACGUGACAGCCAAACAGCUCUGGACACAUUCAUGGUGGAUUUUGUUUCUCAUUUUCUUCUCUCUCCCAGCUCCCUCUAAUGUACCAACCUCAGGGAAGGUCUGCUUCUGACUCACAGCUGUGCCCUUGUCAUUCCCAGCAGGGCACACAGUGAGCUGGCACAGGAUUACUCAAUG